GUGUUAAAAAAUUAGUUCUUAUCAACAAUUAUUUGAGGAUGUGAAACAUUUGCCUUUCAUUCAAAUUCUGAGGCAAUAAUAGCAUCAUCAACAAGCCAUGGCAGCAACUUCAACUCAUAAGGCUUCAACAAACUUCUACAUUCUGGGAUGGAGACGUAGCAAAAGGGAACUGAGAAAAACAAGUGUAUUUUCUGUUUCAUCGCAGCAUGCAGAAGUCGAAGAACAAAUGAAACUUGAGGAAGCAACAGAAGAAAAGAACAGGAAACAGCAAGCAGGCAACGACACCCAUCACACCCAUAAGGCCAAUCGAACCUCAGGUGCAUGUGAAGCAAAAAUAUGGGCAGAGAAUAUGGUGGACAGUGGCUUAGCAGCGCCACUAGACAUGUUAGGAUUUAUACAGCUUAUAUUGACCCUGAAUCUUGCGAAUUCGACCAAACACAUGGAUAAACUCACUCUUAUCCUCGACCCUACUGAUUAGUUUCUGUGGACAGAUGAAACCUGCAACAAAGUUUACUCCUUUUUCCAAGAACUUGUGGAUCUCUUACAAAACUAAGUUAUCUUAUUAGUUUUCUUAAUAACAUUAGAAUUCAUCGUAGUAACAAAACUAUUGAUAGCAACAUAUUGAUGGCGCAAUGGAACCAGGGAGCACCGUUGACUGAAUACACACUUUGAUUGAUUGGGUCUGACAUGGAACACUACAUCAGGAAGCUGCUUUAUGAAGGAGAAAUCCAAUACAACAUGAAUGCAAGGAUGUUGAACUUCAGCAUGGGAAAACCGCGCAGAAUCCAAGAUGUACAAUAACGAAUAGAGGUAAGAUAAUCGGGGAACACCAGCACAACCAGCUCAAAGCAUUUGUUUUUUUAUCUAUCCCUAUCCUUGGG